UUCCACACUCCAUCCUUUGGGAGCGCCAGAUGCUACAACUCAGGCAAGCGAAGAAGAAAAACACGGAAGUGAGAUCGUUACUCUCGCAAUUCACAUAACCCACUUAAAGAAAAUGUGUUAUGCAGUUGAAUCUUAUAUUUUAGCAAGUGGAAAAUUGGACAAAAGUAUGGGGAAUGUACAGUCGUCACUCGAUUAAAUUUAUAGCGAAAACGAAGAAAAAAAGCGUGGAAUUCUCCUGCACGAAGCCGGAAGUGUCCAUAGUUAUCUGUCCUUGUACUGAAUGAAAACAUCAUCUGCGGCAAUUUGUCUUUGUAGUACUUCAUCUGAAUAGGGUGUGUUGUUCAACUACGCUUCGGAAUGGAAGAAGAUGAUGAACGACUGCGACCUUUCGUGUUUCUCAUGACAUACAUGCUGCUCAAGCGUCGCAGGGACUUAAACAACGCGGAUGUACAGCGGCGCAACGAGAUUCAAAGACGCCUGCGACAGCGGCAGUACUACUUCCAGAGGCAGAGGAGAAUGAUGAUGAUGAUGAUAGCGGGGAGCGUACGCUCCAGAGCUCAUAUCCGCACACGCCCUUGGACUACCGUCCCAAGCACAGACUGGUGGGAGCGAGUGGUGAUGACAGAAUUUCAGCCCUCCGACUGGCUGGACAAGUUCCGGAUGAGCCGAGAGACCUUUUUCUACAUUUGCGACAAGUUGCGCUCACGCCUGACACGUCAAGACACCAGCUUCCGCCUGGCGCUGCCCGUGGAGAAGCGCGUGGCCGUGGCACUGUGGCGCCUGGCGUCCAACGUGGAGUACCGCACCAUCAGUGCCCUGUUUGGUGUGGGCAAGUCUACUGUGUGCAAAUGUGUGAGGGACAUGUGCCACAGUAUCGUGGUUCUGCUGCGUGCCGACUACCUGCGGCCUCCAGCCGAGCCCGAGCUGGAGGAGUCGGCACGGCUGUUCCUGUCCCAGUGGGGCUUCCCCCAUUGUGUUGCUGCUGUGGCCACGCUGCACACAGCCAUCAUCACGCCGUCCAACAACGCAUCAGACUACAUCAAUCCUGCUGGCUGGUUGUCGGUGCUAUCUCAGGUGACAGUGAACGGUCGUGGGCAGAUCUGGGAUAUAUGCGCCUGUUUUCCCGGAAGCAUCGAGCCAGCGGAGGUCUUACAGAAGUCGUUGCUCUGGACCACAGCAACGGAGGGCACACUGUCGCCGGCGUCGCUGUCUUUCUUCAUGGGGAGACAACUCAGGUAUGUGCUGUUGGGUGAGCCAUGCUACCCUCUCCAGAGCUGGCUCCUGAAGGCCUACCCGGAAAAGCGGGCCACCAGGGCACACCCGGCGGUGCCCAACGAACGGCAAAACCUGUUCAACCGGCGACUGAGACGUGCCCGGCGUGUGGCCCAGGAGGCGCUGCUGCGGCUCAAAGCACGCUGGCAGUGUCUGAGUAAACGCAAUGACUGCGGCCUGGAUGUGGUUCCCGCCAUGAUCCAGGCUUGCUGCAUUCUGCACAACGUGUGCGAGUCGCAUGGCGAUUCUUUCAAUGGCGAGUGGCUGGCAGAGGUUGCGGAGGCUGAGAGCCCGCAGCCUGCCUACGCCGAGGCCGAAACUGAUGUCGACCAAAGUGGAGGCGAGGAGGUUCGGCAGCUCUUCUGUGACUAUUUUCAACAGAAUGAUUGACACCACUGAACUACUAUGUGUAGAAAACCUACUUUGAAAGUUCUAAACUCACUUUUAGACCACCAUUUCGGCCAAAAGUACUGUAGCUCUAACUAUCGCCAAACAAAAUGACUACUCUGAUAUAGACAUGUGCCGAUUACCAGUUUCAAGGUAUACCGUGGUGUGAAAACGUCAAGGUUUCAAAACUGCAAAAAUUUUCCGUCAUACCGUCCCUAAGGAAUUAGCUAUUUUUUAUGUCCCAAAAAUGAAUGGAGAAAUCCCUUGCUUGCAGCUGCAAGGUUCAACCCUUCCCCACCGGUUGUUGCUCAGUGUCAGUGAGUCAGCUGUGCUACACGAUGGCUGGAGGAGGUGAAACUCCUUAACUUUUAACCCCCAUCGAAGAAAACGAAAUCAGUGGUAUGGUAAUACUUCAGCUACAAAAAAGUUACAGACGGCCGCGGCUUAGAGUAGGAGGGCCAACAGACAUGUAAAACAUGUUUGCGGAGGGUGGCUACCAAGGAGGCAAUACCUCCAAUAUGACUUCUCAUUUGUACAAAAUUAAAGGUUAGUAAACACUCUCAUGAACGUUUCCCACCAGCUACGAGAGUUAACUCUAGCAUGUUUGGUGUGUUGAGGGGUGGUAAAAUGUUUUUUUUCCUCUCUGGCAACUGUGUGUUGAGAAAGAGUGUGAAUGUGAGUGUGUAUAACAUAAUUAUGAUUCGAGUCAUACACACGUGCUUUUCAUGGAAAAUCAUUCAAUUAUUUUUCUUCUGUUGGUAAUAUUGAGCUGUGGCUGUGGGUUUAGGCUCACCUAAAGGACUACAUUUAUUUUUAGAAUUAAAAAAAAAAAAAUUUAACAAUAUACUUAUGUUCCAAUUUGCUAAUAUGUUUUGAAAAAUAAAAAUCCUGUUCAAUGGAAUUGUUUAUUUUAACCCAGAUAUCUCAAAAUAACACAUUUUAGAACUGUAAUUGCAAUACCAUGAAACCGUGAUAUUUUGGCUUAAGGUUAUUAAACCGUCAGAAUACCAUACCGGCACAUGCCUACGUCGGAUAUUGUGUGAGAUACCGUCAAUUUCAAUGAAUGACUUUCUCCACCUGCACUGUCUCAUCCCAAGUAGUCAUGGUUCAUGUAGAUGUCCUUUUAGCCUCUGGAGGGGAAACUUUUGAAUGGGACGGCGCUUGAGUCUAAGACUGCAUCGCUAAAAAGUUGCAAUAGUUGUGCAUUGCACAAAAACUCACUUUGUCAAUAGUGUGUGUAGUUAAACCAUAAGGUUUGUUUAUCCUACGUGUUUUCUUAUAUACUUUGUAAAUAAACCUUGUUAUUCAGAAUGCGCCAUUCUUCAAUCCGGUUUUGGUCCCGACCCUCUAAAGCGGUGGUCCCCAACUUUUUUUGCACCACGGACCAGUUGGAUGUGAGCCCAGAAAUGUGUGACAGAAAAUGACAUUAAAAUAACACGACGGGGCCAAAAACAAACAUAAAGUGCAGGGAAAAUGUAAUAUACUCCAUACGCUGAACCAACCUUUUUUUAACAGUGGCCUCUCCUAAAACUUGACUGCAAAUAUCUUUGGUCGCAGGCAUAAUGAAAGUUCUUCUCUAAUCGUGAAAGGUUUCUUGUCUUUAGC